AUGGUUGCUAUUGCUGCUCAAUUAACUGCUGAAGCCUAUCCAAAGGUUCAAAGAAAUCAAGAUUUCAAAGUAUUAAAUGAUGAAGAUUUAAAAUAUUUUCAUUCUUUCUUAAAUGAUGACGAAAUCAUUGAAGCUAAUGGUGAUGAUCUGGUUACUUAUAAUCAAGAUUGGAUGAAUAAAUAUAGAGGUCAAUCCAAUUUAGUACUUUUACCAAAAUCUACUGAAAAAGUAUCUAAAAUUAUGAAAUAUUGUAAUGAACAAAAAUUAGCUGUUGUACCACAAGGUGGUAACACCGAUUUAGUUGGUGCUUCAGUUCCAGUAUUUGAUGAAAUUAUUUUAUCUUUAAGACAAAUGAAUAAAGUCAGAGAUUUUGAUCCUGUCUCUGGUGCUUUUAAAUGUGAUGCAGGUGUUGUUAUGAAAGAUGCUCAUCAAUUCUUACGUGAUAAUGAUCAUAUUUUCCCAUUAGAUUUACCAUCAAGAAAUGCUUGUCAAGUUGGUGGUGUUGUCUCUACUAAUGCAGGUGGUUUAAAUUUACUAAGAUACGGUUCUCUACAUGGUAACGUUCUUGGUUUAGAAGUUGUCUUACCAAAUGGUGAAAUCAUCAGUAAUAUUGAUGCUUUGAGAAAGGAUAAUACUGGUUACGAUUUAAAGCAAUUAUUCAUUGGUGCUGAAGGUACCAUUGGUGUCAUUACUGGUGUCUCUAUCUUAGCUGCUCCAAAACCAAAGGCUUUAAACAAUACUUUCAUUGGUUUAGAAAGUUUUGAUAUUGUUCAAGAUUUAUUUGUUAAAGCUAAGAAAGAACUUUCUGAAAUUUUAUCAGCUUUUGAAUUUAUGGAUAACGGUUCAAUUAAAUGUACCAUUGAAUAUUUAAAAGAUGAACCAUUCUUAUUAAAGAAAGAACAUCCAUUCUAUGUGUUGAUUGAAACUUCUGGUUCUAAUCAAGAUCAUGAUCAAGAAAAAUUAAGUGCUUUCAUUAAGAGUGCCCUUGAGGAAAAAUUGAUCUCUGAAUCUCAUAUGGCUGCUAAUAUUGAUGAAUAUAAUAAAAUUUGGACCUGGAGAAAAUCCGUUCCACCUGCUUGUAAUUCUUAUGGUGGUAUGUAUAAAUAUGAUAUGUCCCUAAAAUUAAAGGAUUUAUAUUCUGUUUCUGAUGCUGUCACUAAAAGAUUAAAUGCAGCUGGUUUGAUUGGUGAUGCUCCAAAACCUAUUGUUGCCUCCGUUGGUUAUGGUCAUGUUGGUGAUGGUAACAUUCAUUUAAAUAUUGCCGUUAGAGAAUUUACUAAAGAAAUUGAAGGUUUAUUAGAGCCAUUCGUUUAUGAAUAUAUUCAAUCAAAGAAAGGUUCAAUUAGUGCUGAACAUGGUAUUGGUUUCCAUAAACAUGGUCAUUUACAUUACUCCAGAAGUGAAAUUGAAAUUAGAUUCAUGAAGGAAAUUAAGAAACAUUAUGAUCCAAAUGCUAUUUUAAACCCAUACAAGUACGUAUGA